UUUAUCCGUAUUCAAAUAGUCGAAAUGGAUUCCUUACUUUUACCAAAUGAAAUAGAACUGUACGUAGAUACAAUGUGUAUUCAAAAAAUUGAGAACUUGGGAUCAUAUCAGUGGAUUGAAUGGCACCAUCGAUUACAAAAACUUAAUCAGGAAGCUUUGAUAGAAGCAUUAGAUAUAAAAGAAGAACAUGUUAAAGAAACUUUAGUUUGUUGUGGAAAGGUACCUUUAUUAGUUCACGAAGGUAUUCUAAUCAGUAUAUGGAAGCAAAAAGUUUUACCUGAACUAUUAAAGCUGGAACCAUAUCCAGAAAAUACAUUCAUUGCAUAUUCUAUAUUAUAUCAUGAAGCAGUCUGUGUAGCCCUCUUGGAGUUAGUUUUGUUUCAUCCAAACUGUUGUGAGACUUUAGGAGACGCAGCUGCAGAUUUAUUGGAAUAUUCAACUGCCAAUAUCUCCCAAUUACUGACUGUAACACAAACAGAACCUGAUUUAAGCGAAUCUGCAGAGAAGCAGCUAAUUCGCCAAAAACGUAAUUUGUCGUUUGAAAUUGGGAUAAGAUCACUUGCAAUAAUAAGAUAUUUAUCCGAAAAUCUAGAUAUACUACCUGUUUCAAUUAAGUCUAAAAUGUAUGCAGAUUAUGAUGUACCGGUUCUUUUUACAGAAAUUAUAAUUAGGGCUCCAUGGUAUAAAGAUGGGAAAAUGUACGUGGGAGGUAAAUGGAAAACGUGGGAUAACGAACAAUUGUCCCAAUAUGAAGGACAGGCAUGGUUAGCUAUCAGACAACUUCUCUUAGAUCCAGAAUGUUCAAAAUAUUACGCGCUUACGAACAAGCAUCGAACUACGCUUUCAAAACUUCUUCCUCGAAUGAUUCCUACUCUUCUUGACCAGCUGUCUCCCCUGAUUGAAUUACAAGAAUGGUUGAGUAGAUUCAGUGUCAUGGAAGAAAAUCAUUCAGAUCCUAAGCCUUUGCUUAUAGAAACAGUGUUGGAUAUUAAAGAAAGCAUUUUAAACCAGACUGGUAGAAAAUGGAAAAGCAUUGCCCAAAAACAAGUUCACCAAAUUUUUACCAACGAUAAGGAAACAUUGCAAGCUAUUGCAGGAAGGUUAUCUGACGCUUACAACACAGAGUUACUGGAAAUGUUUGAAGCUCAGCGUGAUGAAAAGUGUGCAAGGUGUGAAAAUAAUGCUUCCAAAAGAUGUUCCCGAUGUCGUAAUGCAUGGUACUGCAGCAGAGAAUGUCAAGUUGAGCACUGGAAUAUCCAUAAAGAAGAAUGUCAAUCAACUAUUUAACUAUAAUGUAUUGACUAGUUUUUGUCGUAUUUAAUUAUUCAUACUACUUUGCUUCUGUUUACUAUCUGUAAUAUAUAUGGAG